CAUCAUCUUCAGUACCACCACCAUCAUCAAUACCACCAACAGAAUCAUCAUCAUCACCACCAUCAUCAGAAGAAGAACCGACACCAUCAUCUGACACACCUUCAUCAAUGUCAUCAAAAGAUGAUGUUGAACAGAAGAACAAGGAAAAGAGCCCGUUCAUCAAUCCAGAUGAAGUCGUGUCUGAGAGUUUUAUGGACAGUGUAACGGAUGUUGUAAAUCUGACCACGGUGGAACGGGUCGCGCGGACCUGUGGUUUACAGCAGGUAAAAAUAGAAAACCUGAAGGUCUCGUUGUCGCUUUCAAGUCCGAAGAACAUUGGAUUUCAUAUCCUGCAUGCUGUUCGCCAACUCCAGGGAUGCAGCCUCACCUACGAAAGGCUGUUGAAUGCAAUCAAGACAUGUAAUAACAGGGAUGCUGCCGAUACUCUCAUCAGAGAGUACAGCAUCAACAUGACCUUUGAUGAGACAAGGUGAUGGUGUGUUGUCUAAUUUGCAUGUCAGGUGGGUGUUUCAUAAAGCUGUUCGUUAGUUAAAAGCGACUUCAAGAACGACUGGUGAUCCUUUCUUGUGGUAAAUGGUAUAUCCAUUGGACGAUUUGGUUAAGUGUUAAGAUAAAUUCACCAGUCAUUCUUAAAGUUGCUCUUAACUUACGAACAGCUUUAUGAAACGGCCCCCUGGUCUCCCUGUUCAUUGGAGCACCGGAGAUUGCAAAAGAAAUUUUGGGAUUUCUAUAUCGUAGGUUCUUUAAACUGUACCGGGGGUUGACAUGGCAAGUUCGUAAAAACUUUUACUUGGGUAUUCUCGAGACACUCUUGUUGUCAGUGAUCCCUUUUCAUCCUUUCCUUUUGUUUCCAGUCGGAAAGUGAUUGAAGGUUCUUUGGUUGAUAUUUGCAAUAUGAGUAUCCAAUAUAUUUUAUUGUUAUUGUAAUCUUUAUUUUCAUUAUUAUUAUCAUCAUUAUUAUUUCUAUUAUUAUUAUU